AUGAUAGCUAAUCACUUGCAACCAAGUACAAAUCAACCAACUUUAAACAUUCCACAACAAAUUCCAGUAUUUAUACCUCAACCACAAGCACAAAACUUUAUUAUAAAUAAUAAAAAUUUAAAUGAGGCAAAUGGUGCUUCAACAGGAGUAGGGGGACAACAACUUUCAAUACCUAAGUGGGCCAGGAAAUUUAGAUGCCCUUGUUGUAAAACUGGAACUAUGUAUAGAAAAACUAGAUUUUGGGUCAUACUUAUUUUAGUUUUUAUAAAUAUUGUAGCCUUUCCAUUUGAUUAUCAUUUCAUUGUCUUUUCAAAUCGUCUAAUUAUCAUUUUCAGAAGAUAUAUAAUUAUGGCUAAUAGAAACGCCGGAAGAACAAGUGGUACUACUGGACCAACAAAAAAUUGUCAAUUUAAAUUAGUUUUACUAGGUGAAUCAGCAGUAGGGAAAAGUUCAUUGGUUUUAAGAUUUGUUAAAGGACAGUUUCAUGAAUAUCAGGAAUCAACAAUUGGUGCGGCAUUUUUAACGCAAACUAUAAGUCUUGAUGAUACAACAGUUAAAUUUGAAAUAUGGGAUACAGCAGGACAGGAAAGGUAUCAUUCACUUGCACCAAUGUAUUAUAGAGGAGCUCAGGCUGCAAUUGUUGUUUAUGAUAUAACUAGUCCAGAGUCAUUCACAAAAGCUAAAAAUUGGGUUAAAGAACUUCAAAGACAAGCUGCUCCAGAGAUUGUAAUUGCAUUAGCUGGAAAUAAAGCAGAUUUGGUUGGGAAACGCCUUGUUGAUUAUGAUGAAGCUUUAGCUUAUGCUUGUGAAUAUGGCCUUUUGUUUCUAGAAACAUCCGCCAAAACGGCUCAAAAUGUUAAUGAUAUCUUUUUAGCGAUUGCUAAAAAGUUACCCAAAAAUGAAGGUGGUGGUGGUCCAUCAGGUAGAGGAACAGGAGGAAUUAAUGUUGCUGAUGAUGCUCCUCAACAAAAAACAAAUUCAUGUUGUAAUAAAUAA